AUAUUAAUCAAACAGGCGGCGUGGCUCUUCCUUUCUCGUGUAUUUACGGCUAGCCAUCAUGGCGCCCAAAAGGAAUAACAUGGUGCCCAAUGGGCACUUCCACAAGAAGUGGCAAGAGCACGUCAAGUGUUGGUUUAACCAGCCAGCAAGGAAACACAGGAGGCAUGAAAGGCGUGUGGUGAAGGCCAGAAAGCUAGCCCCUAGACCCACCAACAAGCUGAAGCCUGUGGUGCGGUGCCCCACAUUCCGCUAUCACACCAAGCAGAGGACGGGACGUGGCUUCACUCUUGAGGAAUUGAAGGCGGCCGGAAUCGCCAAGCGGUUCGCGCCCACCAUCGGCAUCGCCGUCGACCACAGGCGCCGCAACAAGUCCGUGGAGGCGAUGCAGGGCAACGUGCGGCGGCUGAAGGAGUACAGGUCCAAGCUCAUCCUCUUCCCCAAGAACACCAACAAGCCCAAGAAGGGAGAGAGCUCGGAGGAGGAGCUGAAGCUGGCCUCACAGGUGAAGGGCAAGCUGAUGCCAGUGGUGCACCGCCGCUCGGACAAGCUGCAGGUCAAGUCGCGGCCCAUCACCGAGGACGACCAGAGGUUCCAGGCCUUCAACACGCUCCGCAGGAGCCGCGCCACGGCCCGUAUGUGGGGUCUGCGCGCCAAGCGGGCAAAGGAGGCGGCCGAGGACCAGGAGAUCGCCGGAAAGGCCGCCGCCAAGAAGGCCGCCAAGGGCAAGUGAGGCCUCUGACGUGCUGUUAUCGCCACCCGUUCAAUACAUCAGCCGUGCAGAGCCUG